AUGCCUUUGACAGUCCUGUCCGAUCGAGACGUCAACCGCAUCCUGCACUCGUUCACCAAGGACGACAUCGAGCACCUACAAACACAGCUGGCCGACGCACUGCACUGGUACUCAACAUCCUCAGACGAGAAUGAUUUCUGCUCGGACUAUCAGCCUGAGCGUAUUCAGCUAAAGCGGAAAGAUGGCUCAACUACUCUCUUCAUGCCGGCUAGUGGUUGCAACGGACAAGCCGUCAAAGUCGUCAACAUUACACCUCCAGAUGCUGGAAGCGGACUGCCUAGUUUCGAGAACUUGAGUCUGGAUACUGAGCACUCGAGUCGGAGUUCGAUCUCCAGUCCUUCGACAGUGGACAGCCCGCGAGGCUCGAUCUCGACCUUCUCCUCUCAAGAGACAAACCCGACGCCGGGCACGAGCAUUAGCUCAUCCUCCAGCGUCGCCCCUGGCGAGCGUCUCCCCAGAGCCCCGACUGGCCAGCAAUCUACCAAUCCCUCCUCCACCAUCCGCGGCUCCCUCACCCUCAUGGACCCCCAAGGCAACACAACCGGCCUCAUCAACGCAAGCGAAGUAACCGCCUUCCGCACCGCCCUCGCCUCAACCAUGCUCCUCAAGAAACGCCACUCCGUCCACGACCUCACCGUCUUCGGCGCCGGCAAGCAAGCCUACUGGCACAUCCGCCUCGCCCUCCUCCUCCGCGGUCCAGAGAUCCACCACCUCAACAUCAUCACCCGCAACUUCGACUCCGCCCGCGAAUGCAUCAUGCGCAUCUACAACCCGCAACCCGACGACCCUGAUUACAUCAACCCCAUCGGCAGCAAAUACAACAGCAAAACCAAAACCAACAUCCUCACACCCAGCCAUACGGAGUACAGCCGACUACUGAAAGACUACGUGCGCAGCUCCAACGUCAUCUUCUGCUGCACCCCGUCCUCCACCCCCUUAUUUCCGGCUUCAUACUUGACAAACCCCGAGGGCAGGAAGAAGGGUCGCUACAUCGCCUGUAUCGGCUCCUACAAGCCGCACAUGAUCGAGCUGCACCCGGACAUCCUGCGCUACGCCGUCGCGCCGCACCACGAACACCGGCACGUACAUAAGAGGCAGAAAGAAGGCGGCGCCAUCGUCGUCGACACUGUCUCCGGCUGUCUCAAAGAAGCGGGGGAGGUGGUGCAGGCGAAACUGCUCCCUGACCAAGUUGUGGAGUUAGGGGAGCUGUUUAUGCUGAAGCGCGAGGCGGUGAAGCGGAUGGAGGCGAAGGGGGAGAAGGUGGAGAGUGGGUGUAGUUUCCAGGAUGAUUCCGGGUUGAAGGAGUGGUUGACGAGGGGGAAUGUGGUGUAUAAGAGUGUCGGGUUGGGGUUGAUGGAUGUGGUGGUGGGACAGGGGAUUGUGGAGAUGGCGAGGGAGAGGGGGGUGGGGACGACGGUUGAGGGGUUUAAUUGA